GGGGAAGGAGAGUCUGGGUCGCGUCCGAAGAAGCUCAGGAGAGGCGGCCGCUAGGAGCUCGGCGAGGUGUCUCUGGUCCCUUUGCUCGCCUUGCGCGCUUUUCCCAUCGCGGUCGGGGUUGGAGAGUUUUGGCCCGUCCCAGUGAUUUGGGGACGAAUCCCUCUAUUUCACCGAAUGGAUUAUUAAGUAAACCACAAUUUUGGCUCCCCAGUUUUGUCUCUGCACCAGAGAAAAGUAACCCGCCUCUUUCUAGACAGUGUGUAAAGCAGUGUAUGGACCUAAAAAGGAUAGAAAGGUUUUUCCCACUGCCAUGUUAAUACUGCUUACACUGGGAGCUCUUUUUCCAAAAAUAGUAGCCAGGGGAACAGAUGAACAUCUUCACAAUGGCAGCAACAUUUUGCAAGAGCCAAGGUAUCCUUAUGAAAGCAUCAUGUUGUCAGAAGAACACAUCCCAUAUUUUUUACACAAUAAUCCAGGCAUCGCCACUGCUUGCAGGCAAGAUUCUCUUUGCCCAUAUAAAAAACAUUUGAAGAAAUUGAAAGCUUGUUGGGGUUAUGAGAAAUCCUGCAAGCCAGAAAACAGGUUUGGAUAUCCAACAUGUGAUUAUGCUGAAAUUGGAUGGGCUAAUACCAUUGAGCAGGCCCAGGAUAUUUUCUGGAAGCAAGCUGAUUUUGGUUACGUUAAAGAAAAGAUGAAAAACGUGAAGACUCAUUGCAAGCCUAAGAAUGCGGGAGAUUCUUCACUUGAAUGUUCCCGUUACCUUCAGUAUUGCAAAGCAACAAAUUUGUAUAUUGAUUUAAGGCAUCCAGAAAGAAACCAUGAUAGAUUUAAUGAAGAUUUCUUCAAGAAAGAUCAAAUAGGUGGCCACUGCAGUAUGAAUACUGAAGUUUUCCUUGCUGAAGGUCAACAAAAGAGUCCUUUGCAAUCUUGGUUUGCUGAACUCCAGACGUAUGCAGAGAUGAGCUCCAGACCAUUGGAAGAUGGUAGCUGUGAUAUCAUUGUUGAGAAGCCAACUUAUUUCAUGAAGCUUGAUGCAGGUGUCAACAUGUACCAUCAUUUUUGUGACUUUGUGAAUCUUUAUAUCACUCAGCAUGUUACCAACACCUUCAGCACUGAUAUCAGCAUUGUUAUGUGGGAUACUAGUACAUAUGGAUAUGGAGAUUUGUUCAGUGAAACAUGGAAGGCAUUUACGGACUAUGAAAUAAUACAUUUGAAAUCGUACGAUUCAAAAAGAGUCUGCUUCAAAGAAGCAGUUUUUACACUAUUGCCUCGAAUGAGGUUUGGCUUAUUUUAUAAUACACCAUUGAUCUCCGGCUGUCAUGGGACAGGAUUAUUCAGAGCCUUUUCCCAACAUGUUUUGCACAGAUUAAAUAUCACCCAAGAUGGGCCUAAGGAUGGAAAAAUCAGAGUUACAAUUCUUGCCCGGACUACAGAGUAUAGAAAGAUAUUAAACCAAAAUGAGCUUGCCAAUGCUUUGAAAACACUGCCGUUAUUUGAUGUCCAAAUAGUGAAUUACAAGUACAAGGCGCUUGAAUUUAAGGAGCAGCUGAAGAUAACUCACAAUUCUGAUAUCUUCAUUGGAAUGCACGGAGCAGGCCUUACUCAUCUUCUCUUUUUGCCAGAUUGGGCUGUCAUCUUUGAACUGUACAAUUGUAAAGAUGAACGUUGCUACUUAGACCUUGCAAGACUGAGAGGUAUCUAUUACAUCACCUGGCAGCAGAAGGAUAAAGUGUUCCCUCAGGAUGAGGGGCAUCAUCCGACAUUAGGAAAACAUCCAAAAUUUACAAAUUACGCCUUCGAUGUGGAAGAAUUUGUCCGUCUGGUUCUGUUGGCAGCUGAUCAUGUGUCACAACACUCCAAAUGGCCAUUUAGGAGAAAACAUGAUGAAUUCUAGGUCAGAUAAUUGGCCUCCUUGGCAGAGUUUUUAAAUACUAAAGUGUUCAGAAUGUCGGCUCUUUUGAAGUAGAAUCAUGAAUUAUGAACUUGUUUGAAGAGGGAGAAGUGAAAAAGGUUAAAUGGGCAGGAGUCAUAUAUAAUGUCUCCCUCCAAGCAUGUUAUUUCUGUAUUAUUACUUUCUUACUGACAAUCCCUGUCCUAUUUUACUUGAGGAAUUUGCAUUAUGCAUGAUCCAUUUAUUAAGGUGACCAUGUUUGCACUAUAAUCUUCCUAUUUAUUUUAGGAUUGUUAGCUUCAUUGCUCCAGAGCAAUGAGAUAAGCACACUGGACCUUUUUUCUCCUGCUUCUUUUUGUGACGUGUAGCGAGAUUUUUGCAGCCUUGUAUCUCCCUCCCUCCCUCCCUCAGCACUGACAGAGAGCUGAAAGUGAAAAUCCAGCUGAGCUGCAUCUAGUCAGUAUUUUUUUGUGUAAUGGAAAAGCUAAGAAAGCAGGUUGAUAAUGCAAUUUAUGUGUGACAUGCUUAAAUGUUACACUUUUUUAAAAAGUAGGAAAUCACAGCUGAGAGAAGGGGAUUUUGGCAUGAAAUUCACAGAGGGCCUCUGUCCUAUUCAGCUGUGCAAUCCCAAGCUGGCGUUCUGACUUCAUUUUUAAUGAAAAGAGAAGUAUCUCUCUGAAAUAUGCUUAUCCAUGUUUUUGUUUCUAUUGCUCUAUGCAUUUCACCUUAUACUGUCAUACAGGUAAUCCUCAGUUAAUGACCAUUUAUUCAGCAAGCAUUCAAAGUUAUGACAGUGCUGAAUGAGGAGACUUGUGCCUGGUCCUCCAAGUUGUGGCCAUCAUGGUCUUGUGAUCAUGUUUCAGGCACUUGGCAACUGGCUUGCAAUUAUAAUGGUUGUAGCAUCCUAUGGUCACUAUUUAUAACUUCCGCUGCUAGUUUCCAACAAGCAAAGGCAAUGGGAAAGCCAGCAGGAGGUCGCCAGUAGCGAUCACAUGACAUAAUGGAAGGCUCUUCUAGUGGCAACUAAGGCUGCUGGGACUGUUAUCAUAGAUCAGUGUCGUCAUUGUUACUUAGUGACAAAGUUAUUGGUCCCAAUUGCCAUCGUUAACUGAGGACUACCUGCACAUUUAGUUUUACUCAUUAAUCAUUCCUCUGCUUGCUUCCUUGUGGGUGUGCAUGUUUCAUUACACAUGGGACGGCAGGUGCAUGGAUGAAAUAAUUUAUUACUGUAGCAGUUUCCUCCCUGGAUCCUACUCUUUAUUUUUCUUACUUGGACAACAUUUUCACUCUUUUUAAUCGCCUUGAUUUAUCUUGCUAACCAUGCUAUACAAUCAUUCUAACUUUGUCUAACCCUCAACAUUGUAUACAUCCUAUUAGACUUAUGUUACUAUUGUUUUAAACAUCUGCCUAAAUGGUUCAGGGGGGUUGGUUUUUUUGGGGGGGGGGGAGAGAAAGAGCCUCAUUGAAUAGUAUUUGGCAUGAAAUUCCAAAUCAUUUUCCAUGUAUAUAUCAGGGCUAUCAAACUCG